CAUUAUUAAAGAGUUUUAUACAAUAAACAGCAAAAUCGAUUGAAUCUAUUUCAACGUUUGAAGACACUAUAUUCUCAAAUUAUUACAAACAUCCCAAGAGCCAAUUGACAAAAAGUUUGAACCGCAAAAUUCGACCAUCACAAUGAGUACAAAGGUGUUCAAAGGCAAUAACAAAUUGUUGAUGAGAAGUGGUGAGAGGCUGUACCUUCACUCGAAAACAGCCGACAUGAGUUUUGUCUUCGAAAUCGAUGGUGAUCUAACUGAACACGUGCCGGCCCACAAAAUUAUGCUCUCUGCUGGCAGUCCGGUCUUCGAAGCAAUGUUCUUUGGUUCAAUAAAAGAAACCGGCGAUGUUCAAAUCGUUGAUGCAUCUCCCGCUGCGUUCAGAGAGUUUCUACAAUUCUUUUACUUGGGCAGUGUACAAUUGACACCCGAAAACAUCUUCACCGUGACGAAUUUGUGCCAUAAAUACGAAGUCGCCGAUGGUUUGUUACUGUGCGAAACCGGUAUGCUGAAGACACUGUCAGUGACCGACAACAUGUGCUCCGGUUAUGAACUGGCGCUUCUUCUUGAAUUACAAAAAGUCAUCAAAUUCUGCGAGCAAAAGAUCACAGAAAGUCUAGAAGGUGUGCUGAAUUCGAUCGAUUUCUUGAACUGCAAUGAGGUGAUGCUGAAGAGAAUUGUGCAAUUGGUGCAGUUAUCAAAGGGCAGCGCAUCGCUUAUUGUCAAUGGAUGCAUGGCUUGGGCCAACAACAAAUGCCAGCAAAAGAACGUCGAGACGACGACAGAAAAUCUGAAGAAGGAAUUUGGUUCAUUGCUGGUUGAAAUUCCAUCGCUUGUUGCCGAACUGUCAAAGGAAGAAUUUGCACAAUUUGCAGUCUCCAACAAAGGUCUAUUGAGCGACAUCGAUUUGGAAAGGAUCAUUUUGAGUCUUAUGAUGCGAAAUGAAAAAAUCAUCAAAGAUUGUGAAGGCAAAAUGUUGAACG